AUGCGAAGCAUUGAAGAGCACCUUAUUUCGCUGCUGGACUCGGCUCAGAGGACCUCCAUGGCAGAGCAGCAGAAUCUCAUCUCCAACAAGUUUCAGAAUGAGCGGCGGCAGACUGUGCACAUGUUCGUGGACAACAGCAACAUCUCCAUCGGGGCACAGCUGCUGCCUACUGGUCUGCGGGACUUCAGCAAGCGGCUAAACAUUGCCAGGUUCACGCAGGUGGUGGCCAAUGGGCGGCGCAUUGCCCGCCAGGUUGUCUGUGGUUCGAAGCCCCCGCGCACCAGUGCCAUUUGGCAACAUUGGGACAGAAAUGGCUAUCAAGUCAUGGUGGAGUGGCGCAGCCCAGAGGACAACCGAGAGCAGUUUGUGGAUGGCCGUCUGGUUGCGGAAGCGCUGAUGCACGUGAACAGCGUGGGAAAUGCAAACCCGGACAACGUGCUGGUGGUUUGCACGGGGGAUGGCAACACCGACAAUCAGGCUGCUGGCACGACGGGCGCCAACUUCCAGAACUUGGUUCGGACCGUUGCGCGGAUGGGCUGGAAGGUGGCGGUGAUGGUGGUGAUGGUGGUGAUGCUGAUGUGGAUGGUGCUGUGUUUGGUGGUGUGA